ACCUUCACAUUCACAUCCACCCACUGGCCAGUGGCCACUGCUUUCUCCUUCACCAUUUUUUUUUUUUUUUAACAAAGAGAAAAAAGAAAAGAAACAGAUAAACCCGCAUCGUCAUCUAAUUCUCUUAACACCAAAACCAAAAAAAAAAAAAAAAAAAAAAAAAAAAAAAAAAAAAAAAAAAAUCUACCUGUAAUUUGCAGCACAAGCUGCUUUACUCUUCCGUCAAACUCCAAACCCUAAAUUAUUUUAUAUUUCCAUAGAAUAAAAAUAAUAAUACUAAAAAAAAAAAAAGAAAAACGAAGCAGAAAAAAGAAAAGAGAAAUAAAACAUACAGAGUCUCUGUCUCUGUUUCUCUCUGUCUCUCUCUCUCUCUCCCUCUCCAAGUUAAGUUUCGCAUCGUCAUCUGGUUGUUCGAGUUUCUCACUCUAGAAGCCAGAAUGAGUGCAGCCAACCAAGACCCAGUUGAGGAGACAGGAAAUGGAGCCUGACCUACUCCACCCACUGCAUUGGUCCCAAUGGGAAAGGCCGAAGAACAACGGUCUCUGCCUUCCACUCUGGUCUCCCACACUUCCCACCAGAAUGCAGACACUCCUUGUCCAUGUGGAUGUCGGAUUCAAAGACUCAUUGGCCUCAGAUGCAUCUUCGUCCUCCUCCUCUCCGCUGCUCUCUUCCUCUCUGCUGUCUUCUGGUUGCCUCCGUUUCUUCAGUUCGCGGAUCACCGCGAUCUGGAUCUCGAUUCAAAGUUCAAAGAUCAUAGUAUAGUAGCAAGUUUCAAUGUUCUGAAGCCAGUUUCUUUGCUUGAAGACAAUAUCUCACAGCUUGCAGACGACAUUUUCGAUGAGAUAGGCUUACCCUCAACCAGAGUGGUUAUCUUGUCUCUAGAACCUUUGAAUAGGCCAAAUGUUACAAAAGUUGUGUUUGGUGUCGAUCCUGAUCCUAAAGAUUCAAAUUUAUCUGAACCAGCUGAAAGUCUGAUCAGAGCAUCAUUUAAGUAUCUGGUUGUUCGACAAACAUAUCUCCACUUAACGGCAUCCUUGUUCGGAGAUGCAUAUUUUUUUGAGGUGCUGAAAUUUCCUGGAGGAAUUACUAUUAUUCCUCCUCAGAGUGUUUUUCUUCUACAGAAAGUGCAAAUCCUUUUCAACUUUACUUUGAACUUCUCCAUUUAUCAAAUUCAAGUAAAUUUCAAUGAAUUGACAAGCCAGCUGAAAUCGGGAUUACAUCUAGCACCCUAUGAGAACAUAUAUGUUAGUUUAUCAAAUUCAAAAGGUUCAACAGUGGCUGCUCCAACUACUGUUCAAUCAUCUGUUCUGCUGGCUGUUGGGAAUACUCCUUCAAUGCAAAGGUUAAAGCAACUGGCUCAAACCAUCACUGGUUCCCAUUCAAGAAACCUUGGCCUGAAUAAUACUGUAUUUGGUAGGGUUAAGCAAGUUCGUCUUUCAACCAUCUUACAACACUCUCUCCACGGUGGUGAUGGUGGUUCCACUGCAUGGUCACCUUCUCCUGCUCCUCUUCCUCAUCCCCACCACCACCGCCACCACCACCACCAUCACCACCACCACCACCAUAGUGCUCAUCUUGCUCCAGCCAUUUCACCUACACCUGAAGCUGAGAGAGGUCCACCUGCAACUAAGAACAGUGCUCCUCCUCCAAAGGAAGAAACACCUGCUCCAGGGAAAAGCUUGCCUCCACAUCAAAAAAGUUAUGAAGCAAACGCUCCUGGCUGCCGAUUCAGAAAUAGAAGGUCAACAGGGAAGGAGAGAAAUCAGCCUCGUUUAGCUCCUACAGCUGCACCUAAUAUCUCUCCUCACUAUGUUGCUGCCUCACCACCAAAGCAAGUACACACUUCAAAACCCAUCUUCCAUUCGGUUCCAACGUCCAGUCCUUUGCCAAGUGUAGUUUUUACUCAUGUUCAGCCCCCGUCAAAGAGCAAAUCAGACAUGAAUCAGUUGGUUGCUCCUACCCCAUCUACAUCUUCUGCAGGUGGUCUUCUUCUUGCUAGUGCUCAUUUGGCAUUUUCAUUGUCCCUAGCUCUUGUAAUACAUUUAUAACCAGAAAACCUUGAGGAGUUGUGUAAUGGUAAGCUACGCAAAGGGCGUGCUUGGCAUCUGAGUAUGAUCGAGUGGAUAUAUGUGUUGUUGUUUUUUAAGCGUGUAAAUAGUGAUUAAAGUUCAAACGGGCUGCUAAUGCAAAUUGCAAAAGCAUAUCUGGGUCAAAGUCACGGAGGUGGCAGGCCUUUGCUUACAUGCAUAGCUGCCGUUUUGUGUAUUAUUCUCUUCUGCGGAAGAAAUUUUAAGAGGAAAAAAAAAAAAAAAAAAACAGCAAAUGUAUCACAUCAAUAUUUUUUUUUCAA